AUGGCCGACUCUAGUGAAACCAAGCCGGCUACGGCGCCUGUUGUGGACGAUGUCCCCAGCACCAAUGCCACCGAUGGCACCGAAGAUACCAAGCAAGAAUCCCACGCCGAUCGCAAGCGCAAGAGAUUCCAAGACGAUGGACUCAAAUUCGGGCGUGGUGGUAAGAAGAGAGACAUGGGUAGGAACGCGUGGGCACGAGAGCAAACCGAUCGUAGAACGCGUAAUGAGGAGGACAAGAAGAAGCCGCGUCCUGAAAACUCGGUUCUUCCAGCACCAUUCGCUCAGGACGAGAUCGCUGCAGAGGAGCGCAAGCCUAAGCGCAAAGUCGCCGUCUUGAUCGGAUACAGCGGCACUGGAUACAAGGGCAUGCAAAUCAACACAACAGAAAAGACCAUCGAAGGCGAUCUCUUCACAGCUUUCGUCGCAGCUGGCGCCAUUUCAAAGGCGAACGCUGAUGACCCCAAGAAAUCUGCACUUGUCAGAUGUGCUCGCACAGACAAGGGUGUCCACGCUGCAGGCAACAUGAUAUCACUCAAGUUGAUUGUUGAAGAUCCCGACAUCGUCCAAAAGAUCAACUCCCACCUGUCACCGCAGAUAAGAGUUUGGGGAAUCGAGAGAACAAUCGGCAGCUUCAGUUGUUACCACGUCUGUGACAGCCGCUGGUACGAAUACCUGAUUCCAUCUCACGCUUUCUUGCCACCACACCCUAGCAGUUGGUUGGCGAAGAAUCUGGAGGAGGCUGCUGAUGAGGUUGGUGACCGUGAAAGUUAUGAAUCUCGUCAGGCUGAGGUCAAGGAUUUCUGGAAGACUGUCGAGGAACGCGACAUCAAGCCGAUUGUUGAUGCCCUGGAUGAUGACAUCCGUGAUCUGGUUCUUCAAGCCAUUCACGAACCUUCAGACUUUAACCCUGAUGGAGAACAAGACAAGCAGGAGGAGGCUGUCAGGAAGACUGCUGAUCUUAACACAUCAACACCUGCAGAUGCUGAGACAAAGUCUGAAGCUGCUGCAGAGACUGCUGGGACUACCGACACACCCAUGCCUGACGAACCCACCACUGUCGAGUCGGCGGCCAUGUCGACAGAGCUCAAGAAGCGUAUCGAGACUGGUGUCAAGCAGCUCAAGGCCGCCUAUAACACUGCCCGUCGCGCAUACCGCAUUCCUAAGGAGCGCAUCGCUCGUGUUCAGGCUGCACUGGAUUCCUACGUUGGCACUCGCAAUUACCACAACUUCACCGUCCAAAAGACCGCCAAGGACCCUUCAGCCAAGCGAAACAUCAAGUCAUUCGUUUGCAACCCAAAGCCUAUUAUCAUCAACGGUACUGAGUGGCUGUCACUCAAGGUUCACGGUCAAUCUUUCAUGAUGCACCAAAUCAGAAAGAUGGUCGGUAUGGUCGCAUUGACUGUUCGUUGCGGAACGCCCAUCGAGCGUAUCACCGAAGCACAAGGCGAUCAGAAGAUGAGCAUUCCCAAGGUCCCCGGACUGGGUCUUUUGCUUGAGCGCCCUGUCUUCGACAGCUACAACACUAUCCAAGCCGUCAAGCACGACAAGGAGAAGCUCGACUUUGGCAAGUAUGAGAAGGAGCUUGAAGAGUUUAAGCAGAGAGAGAUCUACCAAAGAAUCUUCGCCGAAGAGGAGAGAGAUAACACCUUCCACCUCUUCUUCAACCAGAUCGACAACUACAAGGAGCGUCACUUCCUGUACUUGACAUCAAAGGGUCUUGAGGCUACAAAGGGUGCUGGCAAGCUGGAUGAGGAAAGAGCCGUCAAGUCGAAGAACGACGGAGCUGAUGCUAUGGAGAUGCAGUAG